CUUUCGAAUACCACUUUUAUUCGGCUCCAAUGAGUCACCUGAGUACGCGACUGGAUCGUGAGGCGGGGCUCGGUGAAGACCCCAUCCCGCAACGCGACGGUGCAGACAUAGGCUGCAUAUAUCCCCACCCUUGUCGUGGUUGAUGCUGCCAACGGCUUCUCAGGCUAUCUUCCAAGUAUCUUCUUGCCUUUAUUCAAGACACUAUCACUAUAUUUUGCCUAUUCUAUUUUUGAAUACCCGAAAGCGUAUAAUACAAUGGCAACAACUGCAUCUCUUCUUCCGACUAUUCCCCGCAUAUUCUUCCUCUAUCUAGAGCCAGUUGCGAUAACAUAUGGCAUGGUUUCAAAUUAUGCCUCGCGUCAUCCCAUAUUUGAGCUUUCGUCUAAUGCACAAAAUGGUCUACCUAUCCCAUCUCUGAUUAUGCCAUCGAUGGCCACGGGCUACCUUCUUAAUAUGAUGCUAUACGGCCUAAUUAUUCUCCUUGCGUCGCCGCCUAAUAAACGCCUGUUGCAGCUACACAUCGGGAUCUUGAUAAUUGCCGACCUUACGCACUGGGCUGGUCUUUUUUCGACGAUUGCUGAAAAUGACCCUCGCGGGUGGGCCGCUAUCUUCGACACGAGUGAUUGGGGAGCUGAUGUCUGGAACCUUGCUACGUAUCCUAUUAGUAGUCUCGCUAUUAAGUUUGCGACUUUGGCUGGGUUGUUUGGCAAGAUCCAGGGCUAGAGGUUGAGCAGACUUCCUUGGGGAGCGAACGAAAGUGAAUAAAUAGGGAGUAAAUUAGGAGAGGAUAUAGAAAAAGGGGGGAGAAUGUAAUAAAAAAAAGAAUUAAAAAAAUAGAGAGGGAGAAAGAGAGGCAAAAAAGAAAUACAAAAAAAGCUCAGUCCCAGAUUCGAAUCCCCUCGGAUAGGGGCAGAGGAUUCGAAUCCAAGACCUACGAAAAACCGGCUUCGUUAGGUAUCUGCUGUCAAGUCACGU